AGCUCUCCGUAGGGAUAGAGGGUGGGCCGCUGCUGGACCCUGCGCGCGCUCUCGCCACCAACUUUCCCUCCAGACCCGAUACGGGUAGCGCGCUCCGCCCCUGGGCCGCGCACGUCCGUCCUCGGUGGCGCGCACGCCUGCGGGAGCCCUCUCCAAGCAACCUAGUGCUGAUCGCUCUUGCUGGUGCGGCAGUUAACUGCCGUAGCGGGAGCCCGAGGCUCAGAAGCAGCCCCCCCACCCCCCCUUCGUGGACUUCCCCACCCCUUUCCCGGUCAGCCUCGGGGCAUGAGCAGCGAUGGCCGGCUGCAGCCCUGAGGAGAAAACUUACCGGCGCUUCCUGGAGCUAUUCCUUGGCGAGUUUCGCGGACCGUGCGGCGGCGGCGAGCCAGAGCCGGAACCCGAACCGGAGUCUGAGCCCGAACCUGAACUGGUAGCUGCUGAUGCGGCCGAGGCUUCGGUCGAGGAACCCGGGGAGGAGGCGGCCACGCUAGCCGCGACGGAGGAGGGAGAGCAGGAGCGAGACCCAGAGCCCGAAGAGGAGGCGGUAGAAGAGGAGGCGGUGACGGCGGCCGAGGGCGAGGAGGAGGCGGCGGCGGCGGCCCCGGGGCACUCGGCCGUGCCACCACCGCCGCAGCCCCAGCUGCCACCGCUGCCCCCACUCCCGCGGCCGCUGUCGGAGCGCAUCACCCUUGAGGAGGUGGAGGGCGAGAGCUUGGACCUGUGUCUGCAGCAGCUCUACAAAUAUAACUGUCCUUCCUUUUUGGCUGUGGCUUUGGCCAGAGCCACAUCAGAUGAAGUCCUCCAGAGUGAUCUUUCUGCACACUACAUCCCCAAGGAGACCGAGGGCUCAGAGGGCACUGUGGAGAUUGAGACAGUGAAAUUGGCCCGUUCUGUCUUCAGCAAACUACACGAGAUUUGCUGCAGCUGGGUGAAAGACUUCCCUCUCCGCAGGAGACCCCAGCUUUAUUAUGAGACAUCAAUCCAUGCCAUCAAAAACAUGCGCAGGAAAAUGGAGGACAAACAUGUCUGCAUUCCUGACUUUAAUAUGCUCUUCAACCUAGAGGACCAAGAAGAACAAGCUUACUUUGCAGUGUUUGACGGCCACGGGGGAGUGGAUGCUGCCAUUUAUGCUUCCAUUCACUUACACGUUAACCUAGUACGGCAGGAGAUGUUCCCCCAUGAUCCUGCUGAAGCUCUUUGCCGGGCCUUCCGGGUCACUGAUGAGCGCUUUGUGCAGAAGGCAGCCAGGGAGAGCUUAAGAUGUGGGACCACAGGAGUGGUGACUUUUAUCAGAGGCAACAUGCUACACGUGGCCUGGGUGGGUGAUUCCCAGGUUAUGCUCGUGAGAAAAGGCCAAGCUGUUGAACUAAUGAAACCACAUAAACCAGACAGAGAGGAUGAAAAGCAGCGAAUUGAGGCCCUUGGAGGUUGUGUAGUCUGGUUUGGUGCCUGGAGGGUCAAUGGAAGUCUGUCAGUCUCCAGAGCUAUAGGAGAUGCUGAACAUAAGCCAUAUAUUUGUGGGGAUGCGGACUCUGCCUCUACUGUCUUGGAUGGGACUGAAGACUACCUCAUUCUGGCCUGUGAUGGCUUCUACGAUACCGUGAACCCUGACGAGGCAGUGAAAGUUGUGUCUGACCACUUGAAAGAGAACAAUGGAGACAGCAGCAUGGUCGCCCACAAAUUAGUAGCAUCAGCUCGUGAUGCUGGGUCAAGUGAUAACAUCACUGUUAUUGUGGUAUUCCUGAGGGACAUGAACAAAGCUGUAAAUGUUAGUGAGGAAUCAGAUUGGACAGAGAACUCUUUUCAAGGAGGGCAAGAAGAUGGUGGGGAUGAUAAGGAGAAUCAUGGAGAGUGCAAACGCCCUUGGCCUCAGCAUCAGUGCUCAGCACCAGCCGAUCUAGGCUAUGAUGGGCGUGUGGAUUCAUUCACUGAUAGAACCAGCCUCAGCCCAGGGUCCCAAAUCAACGUGCUGGAAGACCCAGGCUACCUAGAUCUCACACAAUUAAAAGCAAGCAAAACUCACAGUGCCCAGUGUUUGCCACCAGUUGAAAUGUUUGGUCCUGGUGCACCAAAGAAAGCGAAUCUUAUUAAUGAGCUAAUGAUGGAGGAAAAAUCAGUUCAAUCAUCAUCAUUGCCUGAAUGGAGUGGUGCUAGAGAGUUUUCCGCUUCUUUUAAUUUGGGUUCCACAGGGCAGCAGAUAUACAGAAUGGAGAAUUUGUCUCCUGUCUUUUCUGGGUUGGAAAAUGAACAGUUUAAAUCCCUGGGGAAAAGAGUUUCUAGAUUGUAUCAUUCACGCCACUACUACUCCAAGAGGUGGCAAAAGUUUUACUCAUUUCUCUCUGUUCGAGAGCCUUCCCACAAAAUAGGCAUUAGCCUGACCUCACUUAUUCGAAGUGGGAAGAGAAAUAGGAUGUUAAGAAGUUCUGUGCCAUGGAGGGAAAACAGCUGGAAAGGGUACAAUGAAAACACAAUGAGGAAGGCUAGAAAGAGUAAUGAUAUUCCAUGCCCAGAUGUUUUCAGGAGCUUUAAAAUAUAAUACUUUUUCAUUAAAGUAGGCUAGCUAGCUCUCAAUUAAAAACACCACUAUCAGAGUAGAAACAAGGUAGACAUUUCUAAAACAUAUGUGUUUCAUUAUGAAUCCAUGGAUGGCUCAAUUCUUAAAUGUAAAUAGAUCUCUAGGAAACUCAAAAUAGUGCUUAAUCUAAAAAAAAAAAAAAAGUAUUGGCGGUUUCACUAGCAAAAUUAUACAACUGGUCCCUGUGAUGUGUCUCUACACCUGCCCCCCAUCCCUACCCCGCCAUCCCUUCACGUCACUAGUGGAAGCUUGAAGUUAUUUCAGUCAGGACGUACAGUGUUGAAAUCACAAUUCAGUUGUGAAUCUGGUCUGAUAUGCCUCAUAUCUAUGGAAAAGUCAAUGCAGAAUUUAGUUGGGAAAUGUCUCUCAAGAUAUUGGGGUCUAUGAAGGAUCCCUCUCCCCCUUUUUGGGCAUGUAAAAGACUAAAAGCCAUAUGAGUUUUAACUGGUAACAGUAAAAGUAGAAAGCUAAUGUAAAGGUGUCAUAUUCUCAGACUUAUGAGGCAGGAUAUAGUCAAAAUUUAUUGAUUUUUUUUUUUGUAACAUAAAAGACUGAACAUUUUUUGAAUUAAAAAUAUUUCCUAGGGCUGUAGUUAUUUGGGAGUUUCAUACCUGUCAUGGUGCUUUUGGUGGAAUUUUUAUUAUUUGUCAUUUUAGAAAAUCACUGUUUUAAUCUCUGAUGCUAAUGUGUUUUUCACUGUACCCUCAUCUCAGGAAUAAAACUGGUUUAAUAGAGAUGAUGUCAGGUACAAAUAUACAAGAAUCAAAAUGCCAUUUAUAAAAGAAAGUUAAAUAGCAUUUGUAUAUUUUCUACCUUUUUUUUAAGUUCACAGACAGCAUGGGCAUAUACAACUAUAACAUAAAAAGUGAUUUUGGAAAAUUAAAAAUGCUAGUUUCAACUUCUCUAAAAUUAUUUUCCCCAAGGGAAUGAAGUAAUUGGUAUGAAAAGAAGACUGAAAGUACUGCCUAAAAGUGAACCCAAAGGCCAAGUCCAAAGGAGAAUGCAGAUUACCAAGAGCCAGGUCUGUUCAGUUAUAAUUGGAAGACAAGCCAGAGUCCUGCUACAGGCAAAUUCAGACUGUAGAAACAGGACAUGUGCUUCUCAUUUCAGUAUUUAGUUAUAUUUCAUAGUUUAAAAUCAUCUGUUUUUUGCUAUUUCUGCCAUUUCAAGCCAGAAGUGUAUCUUCAAGUAAAGACAGCGAAUAAACUUUCAGCGAAGCAGCCUCUGAUUCUGAGAAUCACGAAUGUCUCCAUGUCACCCUUCCCUAGCCAACUGUGGCCCAGCCAUGCCAAUGGACAGGAGUGGCCCUGCUGCUCUGAUCGCUCACAGUCAGAUGCACUCAGUGCUCUUGCUGAGCAGAACCACUGCCUAAUCAUGUUUUUACAUGAUAGUAUAAUUACCUUCUGUUCCAGGACAGAGGUGGGUUACAAUUCACAAGUUUUUAAGAUCUAGAUGACUGCAGCAUAUUAUAGGUGCCAGUAGAGCUAUAUCAAAUAAUUUUUAAACAAAGCUUCACUUUAGCAAUGAUCUGAUUGGUAAUCUACAGACUUUAUUUUUUAAAAUUUGGAUGUAAGUAGAGAUUUUUAGUGUUUUUUUUCUCUUGACUUUGAAGUCAUUCAUUCUUUCCUCAAGUCUUGUGACACAUAGUUGAAAGAGUAAACAUGGCUCCACCUAUAGUAUUAGACUUUUUUCAUCAUUCUGAUUCUUUGCCCCAUACGUGGGCCUUACUUGUAUCUGUCAUUUUCUGAAGCCUAGAUCUUGUUGACAACCCUUCCGAUGCAGUGUCAGUUUCAAAUCAAGUUAUCUAAGGAAACAAGAAAACAAAGGCAGCAGAAUAUUGGUACACAUUAUUGUCCAAAAUGCUUAGCCAAGAAAAAAAAUUUAAAUUUUCUAUAGUUGUAUGUUGGUAAUGCUUUUGAUAAUAAAGAUGAAAGGAAAGAAGCUGCAAGUGAUAAGCUUUUUCAGUUGGGGAAAAAAUGGUUGGAUGAAACUGGGACAAAUACAGACCCAUUUCUAAUGGUACGGGUUUUGUAGGUCUGACUAUAUAGCAGUGUUAACUCCAUGUCUCAUACCAUUAGCUCUCUCUAGAAAAUAAAGUAGUUCUCUCAAUAUUGUAAAAAAUAGCAACUAUUCAUUUGUUCACAACAUGCAUAUUUAUAGGGUAGUUAGGUACCAUUUGUAAGGUAAGUCCUUUAAAAUUCUAUAAUAAAUAUUAAAGUAGUGGUUAUUGGUCUGAUACAUGCUGCUCUUGGUUCUAUAAACUAGAUAAAAAGCAGUGCUUUGUGAAAUGCAGUGUUAUAUCUUAAUGCCACUGGUUAUAGAAAGUAGUUCCCUUCUGUUCAAAUCCUGUGCCCUUAUUUGCUGCUUGCUAAUAAUGUAAGCAAUAAGUAACCCUCUAACUAAUGGUAUCUACACAUUAUUGUAACUUGUAUUUAAUGAUGGUGUAUCUGGUGAUUGUAAAAAUAGACAGACAUAAAAGUAUAUAUUAUAUAUUAACCGUUAAUGCUGAGGUAUAGUCCGUGAAUUAUGUGUUUUGUAAUUUUACUCAUUGUGUAAUUUAGUGGUGGUGAAAGUUCUACACUCAAUCCUUGAAGAGUGGCAGUAUCCCUUUUUCAAUUUAACAUGAUCUGCAUCAAUUUGUUUGCCUGCUAACCAAGUUUCACUAGAAUAGGAUAUAGUAAAAUAUAAACAAGAAAGUGUAGUAUUGGUUAGGAAACAAACUUCAAGUCACCAAUGAAGUUAUUACAAACUCCUUGUACAUUCACUGUGAGUUUCAAAGGGAGUCAGUCCCUAACUUAAAGGUUUCCUUUUUCACUUUCUAGAUAUGUACUUUUGAGGGAUAUCUGAGGUUAGGCAACAUUACAGCACCAAAUACUGGGGUUAUUAAUCCCGUUUAGGUCUGUACUACAGAGGUCAGGUAGAAACACAUAUGUAUAUAACUUUUCUUUACCUAGAAGUGCCAUCCAUUGACCUUGAAGAAUACAAUUAAAGUUCCUGUUGCAUUUAACUGGGAGGACCCCUUGAAGGUAAUAUCUUUUCCAAGGACAAUGUCAGCAACGUCAAUGUCAACAUUAAGUCAACUCUGACCAUAUUUAUAGUGGUAUAGUAUCAACACUGCAUUUUCAGGACAAUCACACUCCAUUGUUGGAACACUGUGCCAGUAAGAAGUGCAACAUCAAUGGCAGAUGAAAAUGAUGCAUGAGGUGUUCUGUGUUUACAGAUAAAACUGCUGUGGCUCAAGUACGUCCUUCCCUAUCAAAAGCUUGGUGAGCUGGUAAGAAAAUGAUCUAAAUUUUUUAAACAAUUUGUUCACUCAGCAUUCUCACCUAAGCAAGGCCAUAAAAGGGGAUACUGUAAGUUUUGUUCACACCUUAAUUUCAAAUGAUUUUUGAGUCACAAAUUAGCAAAAGUGAAUGUUUUUCACCUUUGAAAAACCAUGUGCUGUUAAGAGAUAAGUACCCACUCUUCUGUUCUGACCUGUGAAAAGAUUAAAUGUCUUUUUCAAAACAAAAUUAUAUUGCCAGUAUUAUAACACAACUAUCUUUCAAACAAAGGGCAAAAUACUAAAGAAUAAUUGCUACUUCCUCCAGCAGCAUUUUAUCUAUUUCAAAAACUAUUGUACUAAUUAGAAAUUAUCCAAUAGUUACGAAACUCUAGACUGACACAGCAGUUGCUUAUGAAAAGGAAAUGCUUUGACUCUGAUGUAUUAGCUAAUCUAGAUACAUCACUGUAACUUUCUAGGUGCUCUCUGGCGAGACAGGCUUUCUCUUGUUCAUGACAUUUCUCUGCAAUGAAUUCUCUGUGGAGUAAAGGGAGUGAAAUGAACCAUUUCUUACCAAGUAAAUGUAUCAAUUUACAAACCCGCUCUACAGAUCACCUUUGAGUUCAGUUGUAAUCAUAUUUUAUUUAUUAAAAGCUGUUCAAGUAAGGAGUAUGUUGAAAUUUUGCCAACAUCUUAAUAAAACCCAGCAAUUUAAAACCAA